UAUAUACUAUAUGUGUAUAUAUAUUUGCAUACAAAAAUAUAUUUAUCGACGUUUUGAUUUUACUCAAUAUGUCUACACGUUAUAUGAAAAAAGUUUUUGGUGGAGAUGAAAUUGUUGAUGGAAAUAAAGAAAACGUUAGUGAUGUGGAAAAUUCAGUAAAUGACAAUUUCAAAUCAAAGGCAUUCAACGUUUUCGAUGUGUUAAAUGAUAACUCAUCAAGCGAAAGUGAAACCAUAAAUGAGAAAAAUGAUGAAACCAAUUCAGAUAUUAUUAAAGGUAAAAAGAAAAAGAAAAAGCGUAGGAAACCAGAAAUUGGUAAAAUGCAACAACAAACACGUAAACCUGAAAGCGAAGAAGACAUCGAUGAAAUAGAAAGCUUAGUAAGAGAAGUAAAUCAAUUACUAGGGGAGCCAUCACCAGGUUCUAGUAAGGAAAAUUCUGAAAAACCCCAAUGGAUUGUAGGAAAAUCUAAAGAAAGUAUUUUGAGUGUUCAACAUAAGCAUUUAAAUCCAUUUAAUGAACUUAAGAGAAUUUUUGGAAGUAAAACUAUACAAGCGGAACAAAGCAAACGAAGAAAUAGAGGACGUACAGGUCAUUUGAAAAAGACUUGGUUGGUGUCUCCAAGAGAGAAUUGGCCACCGAUUGGAAAAUCUGGAUUAUCGAUGUCUAUAGACUCUACAAUGAAAUCUGAUAAUGCUCUAUAUUUUGUUUAUGAACAUGAUUCUUCAUAUAAACAAAUACAGCUUAAAUUCUUAGAAGCUGUUGAAAGUUCUAAUCCUGAAAGUCUCAUAAAUGUAAUAAAUACUCAUACUUAUCACGUUGAUACAUUACUGCAAUUAGCAGAAUUAUGUAAAUUAAGUGAGGAUUUACCAAUGGCCGUAGAAUUUACAGAAAGAGCAUUAUAUAGUUUGGAGUGUGCGUUUCAUCCAUUAUUUAAUGUGGUAACAGCACGUUGCAGGUUGGAUUAUAGGAAACAAAUAAAUCGUGCAUUGUUUAUAACAAUAUUUAAACAUCUUAUUUUUGUUGGUGGACGUGCUUGUUAUAGGACAAGUUUAGAAUUUUGUAAAUUACUGCUAGCACUUGAUCCCCUACAAGAUCCAUUAGCUGUUGUUCUAUUUAUUGACUUUUACGCAUUAAGAGCUAGAGAGUAUGAAUGGUUUGUCGAUUUCUGCAAUCUUUGGGAUAGCACAAGGAAUUUGACACAACUUCCAAAUAUAGCUUAUAGUUUAGCUCUUUCACAUUUUUGUUUAGGCCAUCAUGAGACCGCAAAUGAAUUAUUACAAAAUGCAUUGAUCAUGUUUCCAGGGGUUCUCAUGCCCUUAUUAGAAAAAUGCAGUGUACAAACCGACCCUAAGGUGUCUGCUCAUUAUUUUUUUAAUAGCAAAGCUAAAAAUACGACUACUUUAGCAUUAGAAAAAUUACAAAAUUUGUACAUAGUGCGUAGUUAUCAUUUGUGGAAAGAAGCUGAUGUUUUGCCAUGGUUGGAAAAAUGUGUACAUUUAGUGCUUGAUCGGGUUGAUUCUAAAGACAGUUAUGUUAAGUAUUGUGAAGUAAAGCGUGGCGAACGAUAUAAGGGAAAUUUGCCAACGAAUAUUUUAAGACACAUCAUACUUGCUGAUAUAAAAGAGAUUACCGUCAACGUUCAGGAGAUUCAAGAUGCAGCACCAGUGUUAUUAUAUGAUCCACUACCACCUGCUAACAGUGUAGAUACCUAUGGACGACCUACAACAGGUCAAAGAGGAAAUCUGAGUAAUUGGGGUCUAUUCUCCCUUUUCUUUUCUUCAUUGUUUGGAGAUAUAGAUGUAGCUAUUGCAGAAGUUGCAGAAGUCGCUGAAGGUCUUGCUGCCAAUGGAUUCAAUUUGUUCGAUCAAAAUGACGAUCGAGCAUAAGAUAGCUCAAGAGACAUUUGUACAAAUGCCGGCAGAGUUUUCCAUUACUCUUGUUAUUAUGAUAACUCAUCAUGCCGUUGUAAAAAAUAUCUCUUUUUUAAAAUUUACAAUAUUUAAAAUAUUUUAGUUAGCAAUUGAAAAGGUAUUGAACACUUAUUUUACAGUCAAUUGAUAAAAGCAUAAUGAAAUUUGAAAAAAAAAUUAUAAAGCAUAAUAACUAAAUAAUUUUAUUUAUAUAUACAUAUAAAUAUAUAUUAUAGUAUUUUUAACCGACUGAUUGUUACGUCAGUAACAGUUAUGAUUGUAAGCUAUAACAGAGUGCAAUUGAUUUAAAUCUGUAUCAAUUUAAUUUCAUAUCUUGUCCGAUUCAAUGGCAACAAAUAUUACGAUUGAACUUGUAGAAAGUAGAUAUCUAUUCCAAUUCUUUCACAUUGUUUAUUUACUCUGUAGAGAUCAAUUCUUUAUUUCAAAUAUAAUUUAAGUCAAAUGUAUAUUCUUAUCUAUGCACUUUCAAAAAUUUAACGAAAUUUUUUUUUAAAUUUCUGCAUAAUAGAACCAUUAUGCGAAAGAUAUUGAAUAUGUUAUAAAUUGUCUAAAGUGAUAAAUAGGUAGUGAUGUAAUAUAAACAUUUAAUGGAAGAUAUAUCAUUCUGUUAAUCAAAACUUUUAAUUCAUCCGUACGCCUGUGUUCAUUAGAAAAAAAUUAUUAUUUUCCAACGCACUUAUUUACAGUUGUAUACAAUUGUUCAGUAAUAUAAUCUUAUUGUUAA